CGAGAGAAAGAGAGGUGUUUCCGCUCCAAAAAACAGACAAACAAAGGUAGUGACCACCCCUGUCUCCAUCGAUGCAAUCCASACUCAUACUCACACUGUUGAUCGCAUCGGUGGUCGACGGAUUUUCGAUGCGCAGCAAACUUGCCGUGUUAUCUCCCCAGAAUACGAAACGAAAUGGAAACCAGAAUUUUUCCGGGGCCAGCGGAAGAACCGCAUGCGGUUUUAGAAAUUUUCAUCGGAAGGGCACUUCCGGUUUCAUUUCUUACCUAUCCCUCGACGAAAGCAACGAAGACAGCUUCAGUGGUGAAAACGAAAACGAAAACGAAAAAAGCGACGAAGACGACAGCAACACCAUCGCACGAUUCGAUGCCGAGCAGCUUUCGAACCGCAUCCGGGAAGUAGAGCAAUCCGAAUCGGAAGUAACCGACAGGUUUACUUCGGGACUCCAGCAACGGGUGCGGGAACUCCGGUCUGCAAAGGCAAUCGAGGAUCGGUUCCUGUACACCGAGAGAGAGAACCGAAACCAAAACUCCUCAUCCAACACCACAACAACAACAACACCAUCAACAAAACAAGAAUCUCAAUCGCGCAAGCUCUUUUUGCCCGUGAUUUGUUUCGAUGCCCUGCUGCCCAACCAAAAACUUGAGGGAUCUACGCAGGAUCCCACCUUUAUCCGGUUCUUGUUGGAAGAAACCGGACUGGGUGGGUGGUUUGUGAUGGUCUCUUUUGAAUAUCGAUCGAGGAAGGUACGGAGGAAUGGAGUYCUGUGCAAGGUUGAGUUUCUUGACGCUGCGGCAAAGCCGGACAGCAACAACAGUGAUGCGAGUGACAGAGGAUAUGGUGCCGUUGAUGACCACCGYCGAAUUCCUACCUCGGUAAGCUUUGUCAUAGUGGGGAAACGACGCUGCCGCGUGGAAGGGGAUGAAAACGGGCUCCAAGCGAGAAUCGGUAGGUGGAGGCGGCAGUACGACGAAAACGGAGAAGAAUCYGUGCUGGGGUGGGGGCUGGAACGGUUCACGGACCUACUCCCGGCCAAGCCCAAUGCAAAACGCGAUCGUUUGUCACAGUCUCUGCCACCAGAGCCGCCUCCCGCCAUGCAGGAGGCGCCAAAGAUUUCCAGCGAUCCGACGCAAUGGAGUAGUACAGAAAUCGCCACCACUAAUCUCGACGGCGAUGAGGAUGCCACCACCGAACCUCUMCUUCUGCAAAAGGCGGAAUCCCUCAUUCCCCUCGUCGAGGAAUGGUACGGUCUCGCGUCGAACGUCGAAACCUACCGCAAUACAAACGUGACGGUUUCAGCACGGGUGGCAAGGGACCAACCAAUGCUGCGCAUUGAUCCGGCRGUUCUCCUAKCCAGGGUCCUUGGGGACCUGGAGGGWGACCAAACCAGCGAACCACCUACUACAACACAACGCUUAGCCCCCGAUCCAGCUGUCGACCCAAACGGGUUUGCCUUUUGGGUGGGAGCGCUCCUCAACCCUCUUCCUCCGCUGGGCGUGGCACUAGAGCUCCGGGGUAACCUGCUGGAGGUCCGGACCCUCGGGGAACGCCUAGAAAUCCUCGAAAAGGGCUUGCUCAGAUCGAUCCAGAACCUACGGGGUGAGCRACCCCUGUAACAAACACCGAACAAUUUCAGGAAGUAUGAGGAAUAUAUAUGUAUGUAAUUC